GAUUGCGAAAUUAUGGCCUUCAAAAAUUCACCGUCGAAUUGAAAGAAACAUACCAAGCUGGCUGGUGUGUUGGAACCACGGUGUGUGAAGGCUCAGUCUGUAACUGUACUUCCAAAGGCACACUUCUGCUCCCAGAGAGAGAAAAAUGAACCUGCCGUCCAGAGAGGAGUGUGAGGGUUGGGACUCGGCGCAGGUGGCCUUCUUUAUGUGCAAGAACAACAUGCAAGAAUGUGCUGCCACCGUAAACAGACUGAAAAUGAAUGGACAAAGACUUCUGAGCCUGCCUGACAGUGACAUCAACAAGUUUACCAUCGUCCACCAACCGCAGCUUCAUAAGAUUGUUCAAGACAUCAAGAAAAAUGACGGCAGCUUACUGAAUAAACUGAGAAGGAUGAAAGGCAAACAACUUCCAAAAGUCCCUGCGAGAGAUUACAGAGAUGAAAGGAAAGACGACGAACUGUCUGACCCUGAUUAUGAUAAUGACAUGUACGAGGAUCCACGUGAGGACCAGGACGACAGCUACGAGCCUCCUCCCAGCCACAGAGUCUUACCCACAGCUCCCUCCGCUUCCUUCCCCAGGGGGGAGUAUCUUGACAACUGCCGUAACCAGCCCGACCGGCCGCCCAAAAAGCCCCUCCGCCCAAACAGAGCCUCCAAACAACUGCCCCCUGAACCCAGCCACCAGGGAAGCGAUGAUGACAACUACGUUGAUCCAGACGGCAGUAACGAUGAUGACAACUACGUAGAACCUGCAGGGAAUCAGUCUUCCAAUCCCAUGAUGCACGGUGGGAGCAGGGCAGGAAGGGAGCGUCCACCUUUACCAGAGCGUCCACCCAGUCCUGACUUUUAUGAAGUUCCUGACCAAGAGAUAAGCUCAUUAUCUCUUCCAGCAAGCAGACUGUGUCCAAUCCCCAUAACGCACUCAUUUUCUUUACCGCCGAAGCCCAGCCCAAGAAUGAAUAUAAAGAGAUCUCCUACAGCUGUCCAGGAGCCCACAGGCGACGAUGAAUAUGAAGUUUGCCAUCCAUGUGAUGGUUCCAGUGAUAAACUUGCAGAGAGCCCACCUCUACUCCUACCAAAACCUUUGCAGAGAGAGAGGUCACCAAAACCACCUGUAAAGCCGAAGCCAGUUUUAAAAAUCGGGAAAUUUGAAAGCCAAACACUUCCUGUGAUGCAAAUUGACCAGAAGCUUCCACCAAAAGCUUUUACACUGGACUUGAAACGACCACAAAUUCCUCUUCAACAGUUGCCCUCCCCCAAACCAGCUGACAGAGGAAGAGUCUCUGCUGAAAAUGGACUAAUAGACCAAGAUAAGGACGUCUAUAAGAAAUCCUGGUAUGCCAGCACAUGUGACCGCAAGACUGCUGACGAUGUCUUGUGUCGCUCAAAUAAAGACGGGGCGUUUAUGGUGAGGCAGAGCUCCGGUCAGGACGCACAGCAGCCAUAUACGUUAGUGGUGUUUUACAAGGGCAGAGUGUACAACAUCCCCAUCCGCUUCAUACCAACCACUCAGCAGUACGCUCUGGGAAGAGAGAAGAAAGGGGAGGAGUAUUUCAGCAGCCUCUCCCACAUCAUCGACAACCACCAGAAGCAUCCUCUGAUGCUGAUUGACGGCCAGAGUAACACCAAGGAAGCCACCAAACUGUGCUACCCAGUGAGGCCCUAAAACACCCCCGCUGAGUGCAAACAGCCAAGGGACUAAACUCGUACAUCCCAACCUGCUGUGUUAACCGUCAGACUGUUUACAGAACUCCUUUGUGUGAUGCUUUUCUCCUCCUCCUCUAGUGUUAAUUCGAGGUCCUGUCAACAGGAUUGUAUGCUAGACUUGCCUGUAUUGCUGGCCAUGCAGAGCCAAAAAUAGCACUGACUCCGAUGUCUUUUUAUAACUUGUUUUAUUUAGAUUUUUAUUUUUUGUAAUGCUCAGUCGGUAAACAGUGUAUUUAAAUGAAUGCAAGGAAUGACAGUGUUGCUGUGGCCGAAGGAUGCAGGUAGACACAUCAUUUGUUUAUGACAGCAAAUACUUUGCGGGAGCCACAAAGAAAGAAAUACAAAAGGUUGUAGGUUUUUGUUUUAAUAAAACUCUUUUCUUGUGUUGUAUAA